AUGGGCAAGGAAACGCGCACUUUCGAGCAGGAGAAGUCGUUCAUAUCGCGCGUUGACGACACCCGAUAUGUAGUCAACAAGGGUUUCGUGGAUGGCAUGAACGUUCCGGGAACGUUCUACGUGAACAGCAACCUGUCCCCGCUCCUGUUCGAGGAGCUGCAGCACUUCUGUGCGCGCGGCGAGCACGGCGGCUUCCUGCCCGCCGUCAAACAGCUGGCGAACGUCGCGGCGCUCCCGGGCAUCGUGCGGCACUCCAUCGCCCUCCCGGACGUCCACUCGGGGUACGGCUUCGCGAUUGGGAACGUCGCGGCCUUCGACAUGGACGACCCGAACGCGGUGGUGUCCCCCGGGGGUGUUGGGUUUGACAUCAACUGCGGCGUGCGGCUGAUCCGCACGAACCUGCACGAGCGGGACCUGGAGGGCCGGCGCGAGGAGGUCGCGCAGUCGCUUUUCGACCACAUCCCCGUCGGCGUGGGCUCGCAGGGCAUCAUCCCGACCACGGCGGCGGACCUGGGGUGCGCGCUGGAGAUGGGGAUGGACUGGUCGCUGCGGGAGGGGUACAGCUGGGCGGAGGACAAGGAGCACUGCGAGGAGUACGGGCGGAUGUUGAGCGCGGACCCGUCGAAGGUGUCGCUGCGGGCCAAGAAGCGCGGGCUGCCGCAGAUGGGCACGCUGGGGGCGGGCAACCACUACGCGGAGGUGCAGGUGGUGGACGAGAUCCACGACGAGUGGGCGGCGCGGAAGAUGGGCAUCGAGUUCCCCGGGCAGGUGUGCGUGAUGAUCCACAGCGGGUCGCGCGGGCUGGGGCACCAGGUGGCGACGGACGCGCUGGUGCAGAUGGAGCGCGCGAUGGCGCGGGACGGGAUCCACACGAACGACCGGCAGUUGGCGUGCGCGCGCAUCCAGUCGCAGGAGGGCCAGGACUACCUGGCCGCGAUGGCGUGCGCGGCCAACUACGCGUGGGUCAACCGCUCCUCGAUGACCUUCCUGGUGCGGCAGGCGUUCGCGAAGCUCUUCAACUCGCCGCCCGACGACCUGGACAUGCACGUGGUGUACGACGUGUCGCACAACAUCGCCAAGGUCGAGGAGCACAUGGUGGACGGGCGGCCCAAGCGCCUCCUCGUGCACCGCAAGGGCUCCACGCGGGCCUUCCCGCCGCACCACCCGAUGAUCCCCGUGGACUACCAGUUCACGGGGCAGCCCGUGCUCAUCGGCGGCACCAUGGGCACGUGCAGCUACGUCCUCACGGGCACCGACAAGGGCAUGCAGGAGACCUUCGGGUCGACCUGCCACGGCGCGGGGCGGCAGCGCUCGCGGAACAACUCCCGCAUCAAGCUCGGCUACGAGGAGGUGCUGGAGAGUCUGAAGACCAAGGGGAUCUCGAUACGCGUGGCGUCGCCGAAGCUCGUGAUGGAGGAGGCGCCCGAGUCCUACAAGGACGUGUGCGACGUCGUGCAGACCUGCCACGACGCCGGCAUCUCCAAGAUGUGCGUCAAGCUGCGGCCGGUCGCGGUCGUCAAGGGGUAG